GAUUAAAGACUUUAAGUUUUCUUCAACUGGAGUUGUGGCCACAAGAUGUAGUCUGUAGUCUGGUCUGUCGGCAGACUCUGAGGUCUCACUAUGCUGCUUUAUCUGCUGCUGACCAUCUCACUAGCAAACGUCCAUGGCCAGAUAGACCCAGCUCACUGUCGUUAUCCUCUCGGUAUGGAGGACGGGAGGAUCAAAAACGAGGACAUCACUGCCUCCAGCCAGUGGUACGAAACCACAGGCCCUCAGUAUGCAAGGUUAAACUGUGAGGAGGGGGAUGGCGCCUGGUGUCCUGCUGGUCAGCUGCAGCCCGCAGAUGUUCAGUAUCUUCAGCUUGACCUUCGUCAGCUCAUCUUCCUCACCGUGGUUGCUACACAGGGUCGCUACGCACGCAACUCCGGCAACGAGUUUGCACGCAAAUACCGUCUGGAGUACAGUCGCGAUGGACACCGCUGGAUCUCCUGGAGAAACCGCUUUGGUAGCGAGACUAUAAUGGGCAAUAUAAACACCUACGACUCUGUGGUGAGAGACCUUCACCCUCCCAUCAUUACUCGAUUCUUACGUUUGAUUCCCGUCACCGAUGCCGUACACACUGUGUGUAUGAGAGUAGAGCUGUUCGGAUGCACCUGGAAGCUGUCUGGGGGUCUGGGUCAGCUGACGGAUGGUGUGAUUGGUCAGGAUGACUUUGUACAGAAAAGACUUGACCGGUUGUGGCCCGGAUAUGACUACGUGGGCUGGAGGAACGACAGCUUGGGCCCUGGAUAUGUAGAGAUGGAGUUCCAGUUUGACAGACAACGAAACUUCACCUCUAUGAAGGUUCACAGUAAUAACAUGUUCUCUCGGGGUGUGAAGAUCUUCGCAUCCGUGUCCUGUGUCUUUAAGUUGCACCUCAUUUCGGAGUGGGAAGCAGAACGGGUGGAGUUUCACACCGUUCUAGACGACCGGAACCCAAGCGCUCGGUAUGUGACGGUCCCGUUAAAGCACAGAUUGGCUACGGCGCUGUGCUGCCGCUUCUACUUUGCUGACACUUGGAUGAUGUUCAGCGAGAUCUCGUUUCAGUCUGCAACUAAUGUGCUUCCUACCCAGAGGCCCCCAGUAUUGACCCCUCCUUCAUAUGAGGUUAACAGCAAAGUACCACAAACGACACAAAAAACAGAGGACCAGACGACAGCAAAACCAUUAAAACCAGGCCCUUCUGAAGAGGGCAGUACAUCGAUUCUGAUUGGCUGUCUGGUGACUAUUAUUCUUCUACUAGUGGUGAUCAUCUUCCUGAUUCUGUGGUGCCAAUAUGUGUGCAAAGUCCUGGAGAAGGCUCCGAGGCGUAUUUUGAAGGAGGAGGUGACAGUGCGUUUGUCCUCUAGCAGUGACACUAUAAUUUUGCAGACUCCCCCGGUGCCCCCGCGCCUCUCCCUCGACCCACCCUAUGAGAGGAUCUUCCUGCUGGACCCCCAGUAUCAGGAUCCCGCUGCGCUCAGGAACAAACUUCCCGAGCUGUCGCAAAGUGCAGAAGCUUCUGGUAUCAUCUAUUAUAUUGGAGCCCAUGCGAGUGUGUUUCCGCUCUCAAUCAGUUUAAGUAUGUUAACAUACUGUUGUUGCUGUUUCCAGGUGCAUUUGUGUGAGGCCGAGGGUUUGGCUGAGUUUCUGGGAGAGGAUGCACCGUUACCGGAGCAGGACGGCAGGCCGGUGCUAGUAGCAGUUAAACAACUCAGAGCGGAUGCCACCAGCAAUGCCAGAAAUGACUUCCUGAAGGAGAUAAAGAUCAUGUCUCGUCUGAAUAACCCAAACAUCAUUCAGCUGCUGUGCGUGUGCGUGAGCUCCGACCCGCUCUGCAUGGUGACGGAGUACAUGGAGAACGGAGACCUCAACAUGUUCCUGUCCCAGAGAGAGAUAGAGAGCACACUCACACAUGCCAACAACAUUCCGUCUGUCAGCAUUGCUGACCUGUUGCACAUGUCGGUGCAGAUCUCUUCUGGGAUGAAGUACCUGGCUUCUCUGAAUUUUGUGCAUCGUGAUCUAGCCACACGGAACUGCCUCCUGGACCGUCAUCUCACCAUAAAGAUCUCUGAUUUCGGCAUGAGCAGAAACUUGUACAGUAGUGAUUAUUAUCGUAUACAGGGGCGCGCUGUGCUGCCUAUACGCUGGAUGGCCUGGGAGAGCAUCUUACUGGGGAAGUUCACAACAGCUAGUGAUGUGUGGGCAUUUGGAGUAACUCUGUGGGAGAUCUUCACUUUAUGUAAGGAGCAGCCCUACAGCCUGCUGUCUGAUGAACAGGUCAUCGAGAACACCGGCGAAUUCUUCCGAAACCAGGGGAGACAGAUCUUUCUCUCCGCCCCACCACUCUGUCCAUCCUCUCUGUUCGAGCUGAUGAUGCGUUGCUGGAGUCGUGACAUCGCAGACCGGACCACUUUUCACAGAUUGUAUCAGGCCCUGCGAACUUUUGCGCCCCACUCAUGACCGACACCUGCUCUACUGUAUUAACCUGGAGGAAAA